AUGAACGCAACAGAACUUGUUCAGAAACGCCCCAGUGCCAGCGGUUCACCUGCAUCAGUGUCCUGGCAGGAUGACAAGCUGGGUCAGGGCAGAGUUGUGAGUCCUCCCAAGCUCCCCCAGCACUUGCAGUCACUGAUGGUUUCUCCUCUGGUCCGUGCUGAAGAACGGGAGCAGGAAGAAGCUGCUAGGAGGGCAAAAGCCCAACUCUGGGAGGUGGAUGAGGAGGAGUAUGAUGCCCUCCCUGAGGAGAAGAAGGCUGAGCUGAACGAUGACAUUCGACGAGCCCAGAGGGAGAGGAAGCAGAGGUUUGUGAGCUUCCCAUGGGUCCCUGAAGGGUCUCCCUGCCCUGGAGACCUUGGUGGAGCUCAGAGGGGUUACAGAGCAAAGGCCAGAAGUGUCCUUUACAAGCAGCACAAGGAUGGGCAGUUCCACCUCCCUGGUUCCCAGUGGAGGAUGGAGCUUGCCCUGGUGAAGUUUGGAACCUGUAACACUCCCAAGCCAGGCUUCUUUGAUUUUGAGGGAAAACAGAAAUGGGAGGCUUGGAAAGCCCUGGGAGACACCAGCCCUCAUCAAGCUAUGCAGGAGUACGUUGCUACAGUGAAAAAACUGGAUCCCAGUUGGAAUCCACAGGUGACAGAGAAGAGGGGAAAGGAAAGCAAAACUGCAUUUGGAGGCCCAGUUGUCAGCUCUUUAUAUCAAGAAGAAACAAUCAGGGAAGAGGACAAGAACAUUUUUGAUUACUGCAGAGAAAACAACAUUGACUAUGUUACCAAAGCCAUUCGAUCAAAAAAAGUGGACGUGAAUGUCACAGAUGAGGAGGGCCGGGCUCUGCUUCACUGGGCGUGCGACAGAGGACACAAGGAGCUGGUUUCAGUUUUGUUACAACUUGCUGCUGAUGUUAACAGCCAGGAUGGGGAAGGCCAGACUGCCCUCCAUUAUGCUGCUGCCUGCGAGUUUUUGGACAUCGUGGAGCUGUUGCUGAAGUCGGGAGCCGACCCCAGGCUGCGGGACCAGGAGGGCUGCCUGCCGGAGGAGGUGACAGACUGUAAAGCCAUCACUUCAGCUCUACAGCAGCACACGGCUGGCCAGGCUUAG